AUGUUGGACAAAUUGUCCGGCACCUACGCCCCCAGACCAUCUGCUGGUCCCCACAAGCUCAGAGAGUCUCUUCCUCUCAUUGUUUUCCUUAGAAACAGACUCAAGUACGCCCUUAACGGACGUGAGGUCAAGGCCAUUCUCAUGCAAAGACUUGUCAAGGUCGACGGUAAGGUCAGAACCGACCACACCUUCCCCUCUGGCUUCAUGGAUGUCAUUUCUCUUGAGAAGACUGGCGAGCACUUCCGUCUUGUCUACGACGUCAAGGGUCGUUUUGCCAUCCACCGUAUCACUGACGAGGAGGCUCAAUACAAGCUUGGCAAGGUCAAGAGAGUCCAACUCGGAAAGAAGGGAAUUCCUUACCUCGUUACACACGACGGCCGUACCAUCCGUUACCCCGACCCCGAGAUCAAGGUCAACGACACUGUCAAGAUUGACCUCACCACUGGCAAGAUCUCCUCUUUCGUCAAGUUCGAGAACGGUAACGUUGUCAUGAUCACUGGUGGUCGUAACUUGGGACGUGUUGGUGUCAUUACUCACCGUGAGCGUCACGAGGGUGGUUUCGAUCUUGUUCACAUCAAGGAUUCCCUUGACAACUCUUUCGUCACCCGUCUCUCCAACGUUUUCGUCAUUGGUGAGGGCAACAAGCCCCUCAUCUCCUUGCCCAAGGGUAAAGGUAUCAAGCUUUCUAUUGCUGAGGAGAGAGACAGACGUCGUGCUCAAGCUUAA